GUUUGCCCAGCAGGAAGAGACGCAAUCCCAUAAGAUCUCUCCUGUCAGUAAAUCACAUGCUCCUAUAAAACGCCGACACCCUCCAUUCUUCUCUCCCACUCACUCUGCUCGAUAUUCAAAUUCUUUCUCACUCCACAGAGCUCGAUCAUGGCGACGUCAACGUCCAUGGCCGCUUUGUUACUUCGCCGUGUCUCGUUCCUUGUUAUUUGCAUAUCUUUCUUGGCAGGAGCUGCUCCGGAUGGUACCAGUACCUUCCGGAUCGACACCAGCGGGAUGAGUCGCGAUAGCUUCCCGAAAGGUUUCACGUUCGGGACAGCUUCGUCGGCGUAUCAGGUGGAAGGCAUGACUGACAAAGACGGUAGAGGACCUUGCAUUUGGGAUCCGUACGUCAAAGUACCUGGACAUAUUGCGAACAAUGAUACUGCCGAUGUGGCCGUUGAUCAGUAUCACCGCUAUAAGGAAGAUGUUGACAUAAUGGCAAAAUUGAAUUUUGAUGCAUACCGCUUUUCGAUUUCCUGGUCAAGGAUAUUUCCAGAGGGAGUGGGAAAAGUAAACUGGAAGGGAGUUGCUUACUACAAUAGAUUGAUUGAUUACUUGCUUGAGAAAGGCAUUACCCCAUAUGCAAAUCUUUAUCACUAUGAUCUUCCACUGGCUCUUCAGGAAAAAUACAAUGGCUUCCUCAGCCACAGAGUUGUGAAGGACUAUGCUCACUAUGCAGAUUUCUGCUUCAAGACAUUUGGUGAUAGAGUCAAGAACUGGUUCACAUUCAACGAACCCAGAAUUGUAGCUGCUCUUGGGUUUGACAAUGGCAUCAAUCCUCCUUCCAGAUGCUCCAAAGCCUUUGGAAAUUGCACUGCUGGAGACUCUUCAACCGAGCCUUAUAUUGUUGCCCACAAUUUGAUUCUCUCUCAUGCAGCAGCUGUCAAAAGAUACAGGCAUAAAUACCAGGAAAAGCAAGGAGGGAAAAUUGGAAUUCUCUUGGAUUUUAACUGGUAUGAACCUCUUACAAGAUCAAAGGCCGACAACUAUGCAGCUCAGAGAGCAAGAGAUUUUCACAUUGGAUGGUUUCUACAUCCUAUAACAUACGGCGAAUAUCCAAGAACAAUGCAAGAAAUUGUUGGGAAAAGACUACCAAAGUUUACCAAAAACCAGGUUAAGAUGGUGAAAGGUUCAAUGGAUUACGUCGGUAUCAACCAAUAUACCUCUAACUAUAUGUACGACCCUCAUCAACCCAAGCCUAAUGUCACUGGCUACCAGCAAGACUGGAAUGUUGGUUUUUCUCAUGAGCGUAAUGGUGUGCCAAUUGGUCCAAGGGCAAAUUCUUGGUGGCUGUAUAUUGUACCAUGGGGCAUGUACAAGUCAUUGACAUAUGUAAAAGAGCAUUAUGGGAAUCCAACCAUGAUUGUGUCUGAAAACGGCAUGGAUGACCCUGGCAAUGUCACUCUUCCAGCAGGAUUAUUUGAUACAACAAGAGUGAAGUUCUACAGGGACUAUUUGACAGAGAUGAAGAAAGCUAUUGACGAUGGAGCAAAUGUAGUUGGCUAUUUUGCAUGGUCGUUGAUCGAUAACUUCGAAUGGUUAUCGGGAUAUACUUCGAGGUUUGGCAUUGUUUAUAUUGAUUUCAAGAACAACCUCGAGAGGCAUCCUAAGAUGUCAGCUUACUGGUUUAAACAACUCCUCGCAAGGAAGAAGCAUUGAGAUUUUAGAGAGCUGAAAUUCUCUCGGAUUUUUCUUUUUUUGUUUCAUCUUUUUUUCUUCAGUUAAUUUAUUGUUUAUUCUACAAAAACCAUUUUUUUUUUUUUCAUCUUUUUUCCUUAAGUUAAUUUAUUGUUUAUUCUACAAAAUCCAUUUGACCUAUAAAUACCUUUCUAAUAACAAGUAUCUUGAGCUA